CACAAACCCGAAAAUACCACUUGGUUGCUUCAUACAAUAUUCAUUGCUGCUGCUUCAGUUUUGUUGAUAUUUGAAUCAAUCACUCUUUGUUGUUUAUUUUAAUAACUAUACUAUUGUACUAUAAACUAUGGCCCCUACAAAGGAAAAUAAUUGGGCAGGCGUUGAUCCAAGCCUUCUCAACCAAAAAGAUUACUUGUGGACCAAGACUGAUGAACCUCAUUGGAAUAGAAAGAAGGAAUUGUUGAAGAAGUAUCCACAAAUCAAGGAACUCUACAGUAUUGAUCCAAUGACCAAGUGGAAGAUUCUCCUCCUUGUUCUUAUCCAAUUUGCCACUUGUUAUUAUGUAGUAACUGCUAAACCUGCUUGGUACAUUGUCCUUGCUUGUAUGUGGGUUAUUGGUGGUACUUGUAACACUAGUUUGACUGUUGGUAUCCACGAAUUGACUCAUGGUGUUGGAUUUGAAACUUUGGAAUACAAUUACAUGAUGGCAAUUUUUGGUAACCUUCCACUUGCUGUUCCUUUUGCCAUGUCCUUCAAACGUUACCAUCAUGAACACCACGUUUAUCAAGGAGUUUUGGGUCUUGAUACCGACAUCGGAACCCCUAUAGAAGCAAAAUUCUUCAACACUCGUUACACUAAAUUCCUCCACGUUCUCUUCAUGGUCUUUUUCUAUGCUUUGAGACCAUUGUUCCUCCUCCCAAAAAUUCCAAACAAGUGGGAAUUAAUUAACCAAGCUGUUAUUUUCUCAUUCGUCGGUGUUGUAACCUAUUUCUUCGGUUGGAUGUCUAUCAUCUAUUUCUUGGGCUCUGACUUUUUCGGAUUGGGUUUGCACCCAUUGGCUGGUCACUUUAUUUCUGAACACUUUGUGACAAGACCAGGACAAGAAACAUACAGUUAUUAUGGUAUUGGUAACUUGUUCAUGUUCAAUGUUGGUUAUCACAAUGAACAUCACGAUUUCCCAAAGAUUCCAGGUUGCAAUCUUCCAAAGUUGAAGGAAAUUGCUCCUGAAUAUUAUAACAAUUUGAAGGUUACUGAAUCUUGGACUUAUGCUCUCUGGGAAUAUAUUACAACUGAUGGUUAUACUCCAUUCAACAGAGUUGCCAGAACCCACGAAGAUCACAAGAAUGCUAGAAAGAAUGACUCCAAGAAGGAUCAAUAAUUUAAUUCAUCACACAGUUUUAUUGUCACAUUUUGAGAGGGUUGAAUAAAACUUGCAGCCAAUUUACUUUUUAACCAUAUAGUACUUCUCGUUAUCUUUAAAUAAAGAAAUAAUGUACCUAUUUUGAUAACUCAAAAAAA